AUUUCAUUUUUUUUCAGCGAAAGUUCAACGGGCUUGGAAAUCUCUUAGAGAUGCAUUUGCGCGGUACUGCAAUGAAGUCAGAACUUCCACCGGUAUGGCCGCUAAAUGCAAGAAACCGUAUCGUUAUUAUGACACACUACUUUUUUUAUACGAAACAAUGGAGCACAGACGUUCGAACGGAAAAAAUCAACUGGUAAAACCAGAAUUGGAUUCGGAUGAAUUGCUUUCACAAUCAUCAUUAGUAAAAUCAUUGUCAACUCCAGCUGCUAAGUCUGUAUUAACGGUGCCAAUCGAUUCACCACAGCCUGCGACAUUUUCGAUGCCAUCAUCUCCACUACCGUCAUCAGAGGAUUUUUCAGAGGUGGUACAACAAAAUUCAUCUAAAAAGAAACGCCGACUGAAAUCAAAUAAUUUUGAAAAUGCCAUAAUGCUUUUAAAUAAUUUGGUUGGACAAUCGGAUGGAGACAGCAUAUCCAAAUUUUUUGACACUGCAGCUGAAAUGGUUCGUACGUGCACCCUUAGCACUAGCGAACUGUUUGAUUUUCAAGUCCAAAGUUUAUCUGCCAUGAAAGAAAUAUUGCAGAAGAUGGGGAAGCUAUAAUAGAUGUAUGUUAAUAUAUGAGUAAUAUUAAUAAAAUUUUUGUUUAUAAUUUAAUUACUAUCACAUCACUAUAU